AUGCCAAAAAAGUUUCGCUGGCCAACUGCUUUCCAAAGCAGCAGUGAAAACAAAAAGACUGAGACGGCCGUUGCACAUCUUCCGAGCUCACUUCAAAUUUUGGGCAGAUCCAAGAUUUUGGCCAAGUCCCAGGCCACUUACACCAAGCUCCAAGGCGAGAAUAUCAAGAGUCAGGACGUGGCGCUGAGGAGGCUCUUUCAAAUUUUUGAUGCUUUCCAGACAGUUAAUGAACCGGUGUUGUUUGAAGGUAGAUUGUGGGAAAAAAGGUUUUUGUGCCUGGAAAGAAAAGGAGGGGUCAGGAAUAUGAGUUUACGCCUGGAUGGAAACGAGUCCUUGCUUCGGCUGGUGUGGCAGCAAUCACGUGGAAUCACGUGGCGAGACGAAACGACAGUGAUGUGUCGAGAGCGAGGUUGGCACGAAAUGAACAGUGGAUAUACAGUGGUCAGGGACGCUGCUGCGUUCCUGCAGGGCCCUGACCACCACACAGAAGCUUCGCAAGGUUUAGCUCUCAGCGCCAAUGACGCGUGGCAAGGCCAGCCGAUUGGUGCUAGACAUGGCAGCUCGUUCUUGUUUGAGAACACCCGCCUAGUGGACGUUAUCAAAGCGACUCCAGCAGCAGCGUUAGUUCCUCUCCAUGCAGCCUCCAUUGUCGUCUCCUUGCCCGGUCACAUCCUGUUCGAACUAGGUGAGGGAUACCUGUUUGGCUUCCAGAAGGGACUUGAGUUAGCCUUUGCGGGCAAAGCGCUGGGAGCACUGGCUGCGUUUGGGGUUGGAAGAUCUGUUGGAUGUUGUCAAAACGUCCGAGAGUCGCUGCGAGAAAGAAUGCAGUCUUGGCCUACUGCAUUGAACGCAGCCAAAAGUGUUGAGCGAGGUGGCCAUGCAUCAGUCUUUCUUGUAAGGAUAGCUCCAAUUCCAUGCGUGGUCAAGAACUAUGCGUUGUCUUUGUUGACGGACAUUCCCUGGACUAUCUUCGUACCAGGCACUCUGUUGGGGCUUUUGCCAACCACAGCUGCUCAUGUCUAUGCUGGGACUCUUGCGCCUACUUCUGCUGACCUUGUGAGCGGGUCUGGUGCAGCAAUGAAGGUAGUUGCAGCUGCAAGCACCGUUGCCGGGGUGACUUUUGCUGGACUUCUCGCAGCGUACUGCCUGCACCAAGUGCCUGAAGAUGCAGAAGAUGAUGACUGUGGGACAGGAAGCACCACGUUGCAGGACCACGAGCGCAAAGAGCCUCGGUUCCAAAACAGCGUGGCCCUGUUUCGGCCGGAGACUCCUGGCGAAAGACGCCAAGGCAAAUCAGGCAAAUGUCUUUGCACAGCCUCAGGGCGCUGGGGGUCAGGCUCUUGCAUCAGGAGAAAAGAUCUCCAUGCAGGUGCAUUUUUUGGUUCCUUGGUGGCCGACGCGCUAUGUCUUGGUUCUCAUUAUGAAUAUGAUGCCAAGGUCAUCAAGGAGGCUUAUGGAGGGACCAUCCAGCGCUACAUGGGCCCUGGCGAAGCUAUGGGUGGCACCACACAUGGGGUGGGCUGGGGUAGGCGCAACUACCAUCCUGGGCAAAAAUCAGGAGACCAGACUGACUACGGCGAGUACAACUUACUCGGCCUGGAGUUCCUGGCAUCUAGAAGUUCUUCCGAGUCUUCAUCUCCAAUCAGGUUGGAGGCCUUGAUCCCAUACUGGCAGCAGCGCGUGACGAAGUCCUGGGGAGCGUGGCUGUGCACCCAAACCAAGCAAACUUUGGCGCAGGUGAGUCAGAAUGUGCCUUUCGACAAGCUGGGAGGCAACUCUAACGCUAUGUCUUUGCGCCAUGCUGCAGCCUAUGCCGUCUUCAAUAAGGAGGAAGAUGUCGUGAAAGCAGCGCGCACGAUGAUGUUCACGCACCGAAAUCCUGAAGCGCUUGGUGGGGGAGAGUUCUUUGGGAGAGUGGCCUUCCGCAUCAUCCACGGUGGCUUGAAACCUCGCCAGGCGAUCGAGGAGGUUGCUGCAGAAAUGUCCUCAUGGUUUAGCCAGAAGGCCAAGCAAGGCAUUGCCAAGUUUGAGGAGGCGACAGACCCGACCAAACCAUUGUCCAAGGAGGAGUUUGUGGAUGAUUUGGCAAUGACAUCGAUGGCCCGGCUUUGGGACGUGGGAAAGAGCGAGCCAAUCAAGGUUGGCAAGGCAUCUCCUACUGAAGGAACUCUGCCUGGGAGCAUCUACAUAAUUUUGAAGUAUCAAGAUGACCUGGUGGCUGGGCUCAAAGCCAAUGCGAUGGUUGGCGGUGACAAUGCAGCGCGAGCAGUGGCCAUCGGGUUGGUCCUAGGGGCAUUCCAUGGCGUUAAUGCAAUUCCUCAGGAGUUCCAGGCCACGUUGAAAGCUUGGCCCAAGGCUAAGAAACUUCUGGGAAAGCUGCCGCUUCUAAAGGGAAAAUCUGAACUUUGA